AUGUAUACCAACUGUGGAAGCCUGGACGACGCUCGCCUGGCCUUUGGAGCUGUGAGACGUCCCAACGUCAUCGCCUGGACUGCCAUGAUCUCUGCAUGCGUCCACUUUGGAGAGCUCGACGAGGCGCUCCAGAUCUUCCGCUUGAUAGAAGCCCAGUGCCUGGACGAUCGCGAGCUCCUCCUCGACGGUAUAGUUUUCGUGCCGCUCAUCAAUGCCUGUGCUCGUCUCACGGAUCUCUCCCAGGGCCGACGGCUUCACGCUCGGAUCUCCAGCGAUGAGAGCAUCAAAGUCGACGUCCAGCUCGGGAACGCGCUCGUCAACAUGUACUCCAAGUGUGGCAGCGUCGAGGAGGCCGCGAGAGUUUUCGAUGGGAUGAAGUACCGGAGCACUGUCAGCUGGAACACGAUGAUCUCGGCGUACGCGGUCGCUGGUCACAGUGACAAGGUGCUGUGGAUGUUUCACAGGAUGCAGCAGGACGGUGUCGAGCCGGACGAAGUGAGCUUUGUCGGAGUCCUCUCGGCUUGCAAUGCUGCUGGGACUGUCGAGGAGGGAUGCAAGUACUUCGGACUUUGCUGCGAGGACUACCGCAUUUUGUUGGAGCCGCAGCACUUCGGGUGUUUGAUCGACUUGCUCGGCCGGGUUGGAUAUCUGGACGAGGCGGAAAGGCUGCUCAGGAGAAUGACGGAGCCAGAUGUCAUGGCCUGGAUGAUGAUGCUGGACGCUUGUCGAGUUCACAACGACUUGACACGAGCUAAAGCUGCUGCCGAGCGUGUUCUUGAGCUGGAUCCUGGAAACAGUGCGGCUUAUAUCAUGUAUACUCAAUCAAGUUAA